UUGCUGCUCUGAACACACAAAACACUCAUUGUAGUGCAAAAAAACACCAUUUAUGUUAUCAAAAUGACUUAACUCAAGGAAGAGACACUGGAAAGUAUAUUGGGAGAUCUGCUAAAAAUUAGUCUCUGGUUGUUCCUGUAGCCCAGUCCCAUUGUGCCUGUCACCAAGCUCCCCAAUGUCGCACUUGGAUCAAAACUUAAACAGCACGGUUUCUUCGGACCAUACUACGCUCAAAGACAGCCCGCUAUCAGAUGAGAGUAAAACUGAAACGAAGCCUCCUUUCCCUGCCUGGGAUCCAACACACAAACGGAGAAGAGGAGACCCCGAGGAGGAGCAGCCCCUGCUGCAAGAUACAACCGAACAACCCUCUUCCUUUCUUGCAGACCCCUCGCCGCAUCCCUCCUCCCCUUCUCCGCCCUCGCAGCCGCAGUGCUGCCCCUCAGCGCCCGGCAGCUCCAUAGCACGCUGCUGUCAUGGAGGAGCCAAGAUGGCGGCCCUGGCCUACAACCUGGGCAAGCGGGAAAUUAACCAGCACUUCACCGUGAGAAAUGCCAAAGUACUGGCGCUGGGGGCCGUACUACUACUCUCCAUAUGCCACGCCGUAUCCUGGGGUUACUCCCGAGGAGAUGACACGUGUCAAUAUCUUAUAUCAAGUGGCCGGUUCCUUGGAGAGGAUGUAUGGCAACCAUUCAGCUGUAUGAUGCAUAAGUACAAAACAAGUGAGGCCAAAAGCUGUCUUGCAGACCAUCGUGUAACGUUUGUGGGGGAUUCUAGGAUACGCCAGUUGUUUUAUGCUUUUGUGAAGAUUUUGAAUCCUAAUGUAAAAGAGGAAGGGAAUAAGCAUGCAAACAUUCCCUUUGAAGACAAAGCAGCAGCUCUUAAAGUGGAUUUUCUUUGGUAUCCAGAGGUGAAUGGCUCCAUGAAACAAUGCUUCCAGGCGCUGAGUGAGCUUUCAACAUCAAAACCACAAAUGAUUAUAGCAGGAGCAGCCACGUGGUCUAUAAAGAUAAACAACGGCAGCUCGGAAACUCUUAUGCAGUACAAAGCAAACAUGACUGAAAUGGCACCUGUUUUAGAAAAACUGGCAAAUGUUAAUAAUGACGUCUAUUGGAUUUUACAAGAUCCGGUACACGAGCAAUUAUUAAGUGAAAAUCGCAAAAUGAUCACAAAUGAUAGAAUUGACGCAUAUAAUGAGGUUGCAUCUGGAAUAUUAAAUGGUAGUAACAGAAAUUUAAAAUCAAAGAUAAAAAUAUUUAGUGUUUCCAAACUUAUAUCUGAAGAAACCAUAUCUGAAUCAUUGGAUGGGCUACAUCUCCCAGAAUCAAGCAGAGAUAUAAGUGCCAUGGUUCUAAUGAAUGCCUACUGCAACAAAAUCAUGAAACCCAUAGAUGGAUCCUGCUGCCAACCUAUUCCUCCCCUCACAGUUAUACAAAAAUUAGCCGCAUGCUUUUUUAUUUUAAGUAUUGUUGUUUACUUAUCACUCGCCAUAAUUCAGCGGAAUAGACAUAGGAAGAACAAACUGAUAACAGACAUUGAAAGUGGUGAAGAGAAAAAGCCAGCGACGGCCACCCCUGCUGCCUCAAGUCUAGAAACUCUUCUCGUGUCAUCCUGCAAACUGGGCAUCAUUAUGGCAUAUUUUUACUUCUGUGAUCGUGCAAACCUCUUUAUGAAGGAGAACAAAUUUUACACACAUUCUUCUUUUUUCAUACCGAUUAUCUACAUCCUUGUGCUGGGUGUGUUUUACAAUGAAAACACUAAAGAGACAAAAUUGUUAAACAGGGAACAAACAGAUGAAUGGAAAGGUUGGAUGCAACUUGUCAUUUUAAUCUACCACGUUUCCGGAGCAAGUUCUUUUUUGCCUGUAUAUAUGCAUAUCCGAGUUUUGGUUGCAGCGUAUUUGUUUCAGACCGGCUAUGGACAUUUUUCCUAUUUUUGGCUUAAAGGAGACUUUGGAAUUUAUCGAGUUGCUCAGGUCUUAUUCCGUCUCAACUUCUUGGUUGUGAUCCUUUGUAUUGUAAUGGAUCGACCAUAUCAAUUCUAUUAUUUUGUUCCACUUGUCAGCUUUUGGUUCAUGGUCAUCUAUGGGUCAUUAGCUAUGUGGCCUCAGAUUAUCCAGAAGAAAGCAAAUGGAAACUACUUAUGGAAUUUUGGGCUUAUUUUAAAAUUAAUGUUCUUGCUGCUCUGCUUAUGUUUUCUUUCGUAUUCUCAGGGUUCUUUUGAGAAGAUAUUUUCACUGUGGCCUAUAUCCAAGCUAUUCGAGCUGAAUGGAAAUGUCUAUGAGUGGUGGUUUCGGUGGAAGUUGGAUCGUUACGCUGUUUUCCAUGGAAUGCUAUUUGCUUUUAUUUACUUGGCAUUACAAAAACAUCAAAUGCUUUUUGAAGGGAAAGGAGAACCUCUUUUUUCGAACAAAGUUUCGAAUGUGUUGAUGUUUUUUUCUGUUGUUUCGUUUUUGACCUAUUCAAUCUGGGCCAGUAGCUGCAAAAAUAAAACCGAAUGCAAUGAGAUGCAUCCCUCUGUCUCUGCCGUACAGAUAUUGGCUUUUAUCCUUAUAAGGAACAUUCCUGGCUAUGCACGCUCUGUAUAUAGUUCAUUCUUUGCCUGGUUUGGCAGAAUUUCUUUGGAAUUGUUUAUAUGCCAAUAUCAUAUAUGGCUGGCAGCGGACACAAAGGGAAUAUUGGUGCUUAUCCCUGGAAACCCUAUGCUCAAUAUAAUUGUAAGCACUUUUAUAUUUGUGUGUGUGGCACAUGAAAUAUCCCACAUAACCAAUGAUCUUGCACAGAUUGCAGUUCCAAAGGAAAACGCUGCCCUUCUGAAGAGGUUGCUGUGCAUAGCUGGAUUUCUUUUUGUACUAUUGCUUUUAUCAGCAGUCCAACAUUAAGAUGGGACAAAUGCUUGAUGGAACAGUCUUUACUUAAAAUGAUCGAUGUUGCUGAGCAACAGCUUAAACAUCAAACAAAGACUUUUACUGGUGUAUAUUCUAUAUACAAAAACAAAUUAUAUCUGUUACUUUCAUUGGACAACACUGUAAAGAAGAACAGUUCCUACAAGAGGAAAUACAUAUGAAGUUUUGGAAUACCUCAGACUUUCCAGUGUCAUAAGGCUAUUACUUUGUAGAAGGAGCUUGCAACGCUUUACUGACCACCCAAGCUGUGAAGAGGUUACAUUCAUGGAAUUUAGCUUUGCUUAAAAGUGCUGAAUUUUUAUCAGCGCUGAAGAGAUUGGAAUUGAUCAUUUUAAACUUACUGCAAAUGAUUUACUCAUACGAUGUGCAAUUGCUUUUUUUUUCUAUACUUCUUGGUGAUGUGAGAGAUGUUGAUUUAUUUUGUUUCCCUAGGCAUUGGUUUUUAUGUUUUUAGAGGUUGAUUGAAUGUUUACUUAUUUGAUGCUUGAAUGCUUUGUGUGUAUGUUUGACUCUACUGUUAUUUAAUUGUUUGUACAGAUAAAUUAUUGUUAUAUAUGACACAGUUAGUUCAUAUACUUCCAUUAUGUUGUUUUACAGGAUGAUAAACCUAAUGUUAUUCAUUGUUGCCCAUUACUGGCAACUUGUUGUUUUGUUUUUCGCUUAAUUCAUCCAACUUUUUCUUUACAACCCUCUUAUAUCAGAAUAAAUGGUUGGUACGUU